AUGGCAGAUUGGUCACAGAUGUCAAGAACCUCUGUGUGCAAGUUUGUUGGUCUGACUGCCACAGGUAUUGCGUCCUUAGCCUCAGAAUACCUCAAGUUCCCAAAUGCAAGAGAUGUGACUGCAAUUAUCCAGAAGUUCCAUACGAUAGCAGGGAUGCCUGAAGUUAUUGGCUGUAUAGAUGGAUCACAUUUCCCCGUCAGAGGACCAGGAGGAAAUGAGGCAGAACUCUACCGUUGCCGGAAAGGAUACUUUUCCAUUAAUACGCAGGGUAUAUGUGAUGCAGAUUUGAAAUUCAUGAACACCAUUGCUAGGAAAUCAUCCUGGAUACUUGGAGACAGUGGGUACCCUUGUCGUAGUUACCUAUUCAUACCUGUCCAAGGACCUACAACUGACAAGGAGUGGCGCUACAACACAGCCCACACAAAGACCAGAAAUGUGAUUGAACGCGCCUUUGGAAUUCUGAAAAGGCGCUUUGCUUGCCUCACCCAGCCUGUUUGUACAAAGCUGGAAACUACAAAGAAAAUCAUAAUGGCCGGUGUAGUUCUACGCAACAUAGCCAUGCUCCAUCAUAUAGGCCCACCAGAAAUGGGAGAGACUGAUGAGCCACUUGCGGAUGCUCAAGAGAUUCUUACAAAUAUUGCAAAUGAUGCCUUUUAUAUAAAGAACACUAAGAAAAUGAAGAUUAUAUUCCUGGAAGGGUAUAAGUCAAAAGUGACUCUUCGUUAUCAUUACAAUAUACUCCUUUUCUUCAAAAUUGGAGUUCAUCAGGUUCUUGCUUCCUUCAGAAAUGACACAUCUCCAUCGGCCACACGCUUGGAGUCAUUUGCAAUAGAGGCAAAGGCAUGUUGUGCUUCUUGGGCAGCAGCUCUAACAGAACUACAUGUUUCUCUAAGUUGGUGCUGA